GGCGGCGGAGCGAGCGCGGCGCCACCAUGGGGGCCCAGCUGAGCACGUUGGGCCACGUGGUCCUCUCCCCAGUCUGGUUCCUCUAUAACCUGCUCAUGAAGCUGUUCCAGCGCUCGACCCCGGCCAUCACCCUUGAGAGCCCGGACAUCAAGUACCCACUGCGGCUCAUCGACAAGGAGGUUAUCAACCAUGACACCCGGCGGUUCCGCUUCGCUCUGCCGUCGCCCCAGCACAUCCUGGGCCUCCCAGUCGGCCAGCACAUCUACCUCUCAGCUCGGAUUGAUGGAAACCUGGUCAUUCGGCCCUACACGCCCGUCUCCAGUGACGACGACAAAGGCUUUGUGGACCUGGUCAUCAAGGUUUACUUCAAAGACACCCAUCCCAAGUUUCCUGCUGGAGGGAAGAUGUCCCAGUACCUGGAAAGCAUGAAGAUUGGAGACACCAUUGAGUUCCGGGGCCCGAAUGGACUGCUGGUCUACCAGGGCAAAGGAAAGUUUGCCAUCCGUCCAGACAAGAAGUCCAACCCCAUCAUCAAGACGGUGAAGUCUGUCGGCAUGAUCGCCGGAGGAACCGGCAUCACCCCGAUGCUGCAGGUGAUCCGUGCCAUCAUCAAAGACCCACAUGACCCCACCGUGUGCCACCUACUAUUUGCCAACCAGACUGAGAAGGACAUCCUGCUGCGGCCCGAGCUGGAGGAACUGCGGAAUGAACAUUCUGCUCGCUUCAAGCUCUGGUACACAGUGGACAAAGCCCCAGAAGCCUGGGACUACAGCCAGGGCUUCGUAAAUGAAGAGAUGAUCCGGGACCACCUUCCACCUCCAGAGGAGGAGCCACUGAUACUGAUGUGUGGACCCCCGCCCAUGAUCCAGUAUGCCUGCCUGCCCAACCUGGACCGCGUGGGCCACCCCAAGGAGCGCUGCUUCGCCUUCUGAUGGCCAGGCGCUGGCUGCUCGCACGCCUGCCCCGCAUACUCACUGUGCCCUGUCCGCACCCACUCCUCCCUACCACUGCUCUUUAACAUCACUUUCCCCCACAUCUCCCACUGUG